GUAGGCAUAACAAAUUUGUGAACAGGAGGCAGCGGAACCCCCCAAAAUUCACUUGCCAAUGAGAGAAAAAAACCGUUCGCUCUUUUUUCUAUUCUUUUUUCCCUCUUCUCCGCGCGCCUCAGCGAUACCAUUGAUGUCGGGCAAUCGGUGGUGGCGCGCUUACAGCAAGCUUUCUCUCCGCCCUGAUCUCUCCUCCUCUCCCACCGGGUCUCUGUCUCAUCCCCUUCUAUUACGGAGCUGGUGGCGGCGGCGCGACUACAUCGCCUGAUCUCUCUCUUCCUCCGCCUUAACAGAUCUUAUGCAGAUGAAUCCUAAAGGAGGACCGAGCUCGUCAGGGGGCACUGGAACUGCUGAUUCUUCUGCUGCUCCCAAGCGGGAUACCAGGAAACCUAAAUAUUCUAGGUUUACUCAGCAGGAGCUUCCUGCCUGCAAAUUAAUUCUGACACCAGGAUGGGUCAUUACAGCAUUCAUUUUCGUUGGCAUAGUCUUCAUCCCCAUUGGACUUGCUUCCAUAUUUGCUUCAGAGCGUGUUGUAGAAAUUGUGGACCGUUAUGACAGAGACUGUGUUCCUGCAAGUUAUAGCAACAAUCUGCUUGCAUAUAUUCAAAGCACUGAGACUAAUAAGACUUGCACUAGGAGUUUGAUUGUCCCUAAGCAAAUGAAAAGUCCUGUAUAUAUAUAUUAUCAACUUGAUAAAUUCUAUCAGAACCAUCGCAGAUAUUUUCAAAGCAGAAUUGACAAACAAUUGUGGACUGGAGACCCUAACCUUGAUUUAGGACAUUGUGCACCGGAAAACAUUGCUGCAAAUGGAUCUCCAAUUAUUCCUUGCGGCCUCAUUGCGUGGAGUUUGUUCAAUGACACAUUUGGAUUUGCAGUUAAUGACAAGGUGCUACAGGUUAACAAAAAGAACAUAGCAUGGAAAAGUGACAAAGAGCAUAAGUUUGGGGCCAAUGUAUAUCCUAAAAAUUUCCAAGCUGGGGGCUUGAUUGGUGGUGCCAAGCUUAAUGAGAGCAUACCUCUGAGUGAACAAGAAGACCUUAUUGUUUGGAUGCGAACUGCUGCGCUGCCGAGUUUCCGAAAACUUUAUGGGAAGAUAGAGGUGGAUCUUGAAGCUAAUGAGAAGAUAACAGUUGUAAUUGAGAACAAUUAUAAUACCUAUGGUUUUGGUGGCAAGAAGAUGCUGGUUCUUUCUACCACAAGCUGGAUUGGUGGAAGAAAUGAUUUCCUAGGCAUAGCCUAUAUUAUUGUUGGUGGCCUGUGCUUGUUCCUGGCAAUAAGCUUUAUAUUUUUGUAUGUCAUCAAGCCAAGGCCUCUUGGGGAUCCAUCCUAUCUGUCGUGGAACAGAAAUCCUGCAGUACAGAUUAACUAGGAUUUCAUGUGUUGCACCAACAUGCCAUGCUGAAAUUUCCUUGAACAAUUUCUUUCAGUCAAGCAUUAACAAGGUUGAGGCUUCCAACUCAAGUGUAUAUAGAGCGGCGUGCUUAUAAAUUUCAUGAAUAUUUUCAGAGGGGGGAUAUUUUGUUUCUUGCAAUCGAAGUCAUUCUUGCGUAUGGAUGUCAUUAUGUUUUAUCUGUGGAAGACAUCAAGACAACAUUUUUUGUUAUAUUAUAUAUUAUUAAUUUAUUUUCUUCUUUUUCUAA